AUGUCUUUCCAGAACUUCGAUUCUUUCCAAAACCAGCACCCAGCAGCCGAUGCGGCCGCGGCUGCCCCCGGCGCUCCUGCCCCUGCAGACACAGCCAUGACCGGCCAGGCGGACCCUACUACUGCCCCUUUCCAGGGUCCCACCCCCGGCGAGCCAUCAGCUGCUCCCGUCCCUCAACAGGGUGCCGAUGGGAAGACUACACUCUGGAUGGGUGAACUUGAGCCCUGGAUUGAUGAGAACUUUGUCCGCAAUCUGUGGUUCCAGAUGGGUGAGCAGGUCAACGUGAAGAUGAUUCGCGAUAAGUUCUCUGGGAGCAAUGCCGGCUACUGUUUCGUCGAUUUCGCUUCUCCCGCUGCCGCUGCCAAGGCCUUGACCCUCAAUGGCACUCCUAUGCCCAAUACGAACCGUCUCUUUAAGUUGAACUGGGCUACUGGUGGUGGCCUUGCUGAUCGGAGCCGUGAUGAUCGUGGCCCUGAGUACUCUAUCUUCGUUGGUGACCUCGGCCCCGAAGUCAACGAAUACGUUCUCGUUUCCCUCUUCCAGAGCCGUUUCCCAUCUUGCAAGUCUGCCAAAAUCAUGACCGACCCCAUUAGUGGCAUGUCCCGUGGUUACGGCUUCGUUCGCUUCUCCGAUGAGAAUGACCAGCAGCGUGCUCUGAGCGAGAUGCAGGGUGUCUACUGCGGCAACCGUCCCAUGCGCAUCUCUACUGCUACCCCCAAGAACAAGGGCCCAGGCGUUGUCCCAGGUGGGAUGGGUAUGCCCGGCCCCGCGGGCAUGUAUCCCCCCAUGGGUGCUCCUCCCAUGGGCUUCUACGGUGCCCCUCAACCUAUGAACCAGUUCACUGACCCCAACAAUACCACUGUCUUCGUUGGUGGGCUGUCUGGAUACGUCACUGAGGAUGAGUUGCGCUCGUUUUUCCAGGGAUUCGGCGAGAUCACCUAUGUCAAGAUCCCCCCUGGUAAGGGCUGUGGUUUUGUUCAGUUUGUCCAGCGUCACGCUGCCGAAAUGGCAAUCAACCAGAUGCAGGGUUAUCCCAUUGGUAACUCCCGUGUGCGCCUGAGCUGGGGCCGUUCUCAGAACAACUCAGGCCCUGCUGGUAGCCCUUAUCGUCCCGCUCCUCCCCCGCCUCCGAUGUACCCUUCUAUGGGCAUGCCCCCUGCCCACCAGUACGGCGGUUUUGCACCUAUGAAGGUUGGUGGUCACCCUGAAGACACUGCUUGA